GAAACAAAAUAUUAAAAACACCCGAUUUGGGAUUUCUCUGUGACCGAGAGAUUUGAUUUCCGAUUGAGACUUCUUAAGCUAACACACAUUUCUCUGUUUCCCCCACCUUACACUUAUAUUACACCCUUCCUUAACCUUGUCCACACAAAAUUCCCAUUUCUCUCUUCAAUUCCUCUGUUUCCUACCGCCAUGGCCAGAAACCCCAUCUUCUCCCGCCGCCGGAGGUCCGAUCAGCUCGACGGUUUAGAUCGUUUCCCCAUCUCUGAUUCCGAGGUUCAUGUUCUCGCCGUUGAUGACAGCCUCGUUGACCGUACAGUAAUUGAACGUCUCCUCCGCCUAACUGCCUGUCGAGUUACUGCAGUGGACAGUGGAAUUAGAGCUUUACAAUAUCUCGGCUUGCAAGAUGAGACUAAUACCCAAGUUGGUUUUGAUGUAAGUACACGAAACUUUCACUCUCUGUUUUUUUUACCGGUUAUCAUUUCUGAUUUUCCUCUGUUUCAUGGUUUUGAAAAACAGAGUUUGAAGGUGGAUAUGAUUAUAACCGAUUACUGUAUGCCCGGAAUGACAGGAUACGAAUUAUUAAAGAAAAUUAAGGAAUCAUCAACUCUGAGAGAGAUUCCGGUGGUGAUUAUGUCGUCGGAGAACGUGGUGGCGAGGAUAGACAGGUGUUUGGAGGAAGGAGCAGAGGAUUUCAUAGUGAAGCCGGUGAAAUUAUCAGAUGUGAAACGGCUUAGGGAAUAUAUGGUGGGGGAUGAAAAAAUUGGAAGUGAAAGAAGUGGGAUCAACAAAAGGAAGCUACGAGAGCCGUGUGAUCAACCUUCAUCAUCACCGUCCAUUCCAUCACCGGCAUCAUCGGAUUCUUCUCCAUCAUGUCCAAGUCCAUCAUCUUCAUCACCGUCAGAUUCGCCUCAAUCCACACCAUCAUCGUCAGAGCCGUCUUCUCCGAUGUCCACUCCUCAAUCCGACGGCUCUAAAUGACUUGCCAAUGAAUCAGGAAUACCGUGCGAGAAUAGCAGCCUAUCAUCUCCCCUCUUGUUAUUAUUUCUUUUUCUUAAAAAAAUUAAAUAUCUUCCUUUUUUUUUUUUUUUUUUUUAAUCUUUUACUUGUCCCAUUAGUUUUAACGGUUAUUUGUUUGAAAUCCCAGUUUUGUCCGCUAAAUUUUAGCCUUUAGGUCAGGGACUUGGGAAUCGCCGUUAAUUACUAAAACGCAACGCAUUAGGGUUGUCCAAUCUUUUCGGGGGCAAGGCGUGAUGUACAAUUCAUAGAAAUCAACCAUAUUAAUAUUUACAAAAAAAAAAAAAAAAAAAAAAAAAAUCCGAAUAUUUUGUUAAA